AUGGCAAGGGCGCCGCAUGGAGGAGGCGGCGGCGGCGGCGAGCCGGGGGGCGCAGAGCGGGCGGUGGAGAUGGGCGUCCGGCACCGGCUUGAGUGCGAUGAGCGCUUCGCGUGCCCAGAGCUGGAGGCGCUCUUCCGCACCUAUACGCUGCGGCUGGAGCAGGCGGCCACACUGAAGGCGCUGGCGGUGCUCAGCCUGUUGGCGGGAACGCUGGCGCUGGCCGAGCUGCUGGGAGACCCGGGCCCCGUGCCCAGCCUGGCCAAGGGUUCGCACCUGGUGCACUGCGUCCUCUUCCUCCUGCUCUUGGUGGUCACCAACGUCAAGUACCUGCAGGAGUCCCAACUGCAGCAUCUCAGCAAACUCACGCUGCUCUUCAGCCUCACCUUCGCGCUGCUCUGUUGUCCUCUGGCGCUGGGUGGCCCCACCAGUGCCCAUUCCGCGGGACCGGUGGCUGCCCAGCAGGGUGUGUGGCAGCUCCUUCUGGUCACUUUCGUGUCGUAUGCCCUGCUGCCCGUCCGCAGCCUGCUGGCCAUCGGCUUUGGGCUCGUGAUGGCCGCAUCGCAGCUGCUGGUUACGGCCAGCUUGGUCCCUGCCAAGCUCCCACUACUCUGGAAGAUGCUCGGAGCCAACACCUUGCUCUUUGUCAGCGUGAACGUGUCUGGGGCCUUUGUGCGGAUUUUGACUGAGCGAUGCCAGAGGAAGGCCUUCCUGCUGGCCCGAAACUACAUUGAGGAGAGGCUGAGCCUGGAGGAUGAGAAUGAGAAGCAGGAGCGGCUCCUGAUGAGUCUCCUGCCCCGAAAUGUUGCCAUGGAGAUGAAGGAGGACUUUCUGAAGCCCCCGGAGAGGAUUUUCCACAAGAUUUACAUCCAGAGACAUGACAAUGUGAGCAUUCUGUUUGCGGACAUUGUGGGCUUCACGGGGCUGGCAUCCCAGUGCACGGCUCAGGAGCUGGUGAAACUCCUGAAUGAGCUCUUCGGGAAGUUUGACGAGCUAGCCACGGAGAACCACUGCCGGCGGAUCAAGAUCCUGGGGGACUGUUACUACUGUGUGUCUGGCCUCACACAGCCCAAGGCAGACCACGCCCACUGCUGCGUGGAGAUGGGGCUCGACAUGAUCGACACCAUCACGUCUGUGGCUGAGGCUACCGAGGUGAACCUGAACAUGCGUGUGGGACUGCACACGGGCCGGGUGCUCUGUGGGGUGCUGGGCCUGCGCAAGUGGCAGUAUGAUGUGUGGUCCAACGACGUGACCCUAGCCAAUGUCAUGGAAGCGGCAGGCCUUCCGGGGAAGGUUCAUAUCACAAAGACGACUCUCGAAUGCUUGAACGGGGACUACGAGGUGGAGCCGGGUUAUGGACAUGAGAGGAACAGUUUCUUGAAAACGCAUAAUAUCAAAACAUUUUUUAUUGUGCCAUCCCAUCGGCGAAAGAUAUUUCCAGGACUGAUCCUCUCAGAUAUAAAACCAGCCAAGAGGAUGAAAUUCAAAACAGUCUGCUACCUGCUGGUGCAGCUCAUGCACUGCAGGAAGAUGUUCAAGGCCGAGAUCCCCUUCUCCAACGUCAUGACGUGUGAGGACGAUGACAAGCGGAGAACAUUGAGAACAGCCUCCGAGAAACUGAAAAGCCGGUCAUCUUUCUCUACCAAUGUUGUCUACACCACACCCAGCACUCGUGUCAACAAGUACCUCAGUCGCCUCUUGGAAGCCCGGCAAACAGAUGUAGAGAUGGCGGACUUGAACUUCUUCACCUUGAAGUACAAGCACAUUGAACGGGAACGAAAGUACCACCAACUUCCAGAUGAGUACUUCACCAGCGCUGUUGUUCUCUCCCUCGUUCUAGCUGCCUUACUCGGGCUGGUCUGCCUUCUCGUAAUCCCACCGAACCUGCUUGUCCUGGUCCUGCUUGUGUUCUGCAUUUGCUUCUUGGUGGCAUGUAUCAUGUAUCUGCGUGUCACACAAGUCCAGUGUUUUCCAGGGUGCCUGACGAUUCAGAUCCGUACCACUUUGUGUAUUUUCAUCGUGAUCUUAAUCUACUCAGUGGCCCAAGGAUGUAUGGUGGGCUGCAUGCCUUGGGCCUGGAGCACGAGUCCUAACAGCUCCCAGGUGGUCCUCGUUCCCGGAGACCACAACAAGGGGAUUCUCAGCCCGCCCUGCACGUCUGUGCCCCAGGCUCUUCUCUGCUGUCUCGUGGGUACUCUCACGCUUUCCACCUUCCUGCGUGUCCCCUCCUGGCCCAAGAUGCUCCUCCUGCUGGUGCUCACCACCCUGUCUGUCCUCAUGCUGGGGCUCAGUAGGCCUUCUGAAACAGCCAGGGACCGUGCCAUCUCCUUGCACAGCUUUGAGCCCAUCUUGGCCGUCCUGCUUUUCUCCUGCGCACUGGGCCUGCACUCCAGGCAGGUGGACCUCAAACUUCGACUGGACUACCUCUGGGCUGUGCAGGCAGAAGAAGAGCGCCAUGACAUGGAGAAGGUCAAACUGGACAAUAAGAGGAUCCUCUUCAACCUCCUGCCAGGCCAUGUGGCCCAGCACUUCCUCAUGUCGAAUCCUAGGAACAUGGACCUUUACUACCAGUCUUACUCACAAGUGGGGGUCAUGUUCGCCUCCAUCCCCAACUUCAACGAUUUCUACAUUGAGCUGGACGGCAACAACAUGGGGGUCGAAUGUCUGCGUCUUCUGAACGAGAUAAUCGCAGACUUUGAUGAGCUCAUGGAGAAAGACUUGUAUAAAGAUCUAGAGAAGAUCAAGACCAUUGGAAGCACCUACAUGGCCGCUGUGGGGCUGGUGCCCACCGCCGAGGACAAGGCUAAGAAGUCCAUUACCUUCCACCUCCACAUACUUGCGGACUUUGCCAUAGAGAUGUUCGAUGUCCUAGAUGAAAUCAACUAUCAGUCAUACAAUGGCUUUGUCCUCCGUGUGGGCAUCAAUGUCGGCCCUGUGGUGGCUGGGGUGAUUGGAGCCCGGAGGCCUCAGUAUGACAUCUGGGGCAACACAGUCAACGUGGCCAGCCGUAUGGACAGCACUGGCGUCCAGGGCAAGAUCCAGGUGACGGAGGAAGUGCACCGACUGCUGACGGGGUACCACUACCAGUUUGUGUGCCGAGGGAAAGUCAGCGUCAAGGGCAAGGGCGAGAUGCUGACGUACUUCCUAGAGGGAAGGACGGAGGGAAGCAGCUCCCAAACCAGGUCUUUAAACACAGAGCAAAAAACAUGUCCUUACAGGAAAACUGGUCUCCAAAGCAGACUGGCCACCAGCUGUCCCCCAGUGCCCGCUGUGUCUGUGCCAGCGGACCUGGAGGCUCUGCAGGGCACCGGGCCUCCUCACAACCCUCUUGCUGUUGCCUCCCCACCAGAGCAGCUGUGA